AUGCCUCACUCUACAUCCUCCAUCGAGGUUGUCUCGUUCCCCUCCUCUGAGCGGAAUGGCACCCUCCUCGGUGCCGAAGUCAGACUGAACGGCGUGGACCUUUCAAACCUCUCCGCUGACGACUGCUCAGCGCUACGAGACGGCCUAUACCAACACAGUGUUCUCGUCAUCCGCAAAGCCGGCGUAGACAACGGCACCAUCCUAACAAAGCUGUGUCGCAUCUUCGACAAUGACGCCACAGACAGCCAUAGCGCGGGGAGAACUGCUGUCAAGGAGGAGUCCAAUAUCCUGAGCAGGAACAAGGCUGCUCGUCUGCUUGAGGCCCCCGACGUAGUCGUCAUUGGUAAUGGGGUUCACGACGGGUACAGGGGUAUGAAGGAGCUUCGACUGCGUCAUGUGAGCCAGGCGGAGUUCCAUGCCGAUCCCUUGACCCCGGAGGAGGUGCAGCAAGGCCAAACGCGCUUCUACAGAUGGCACAUCGAUGCGCCCCUCUAUGAGCACAACCCCGGAAAAGUCACAAUCAUCAGCUGCAGGGAGACCCCCAGUCAUCUACCCGACCAGACACUCAUCUUUGAGAAUGGGAAGAAGAAGACUGUGGCUGCAGGCGGAACAGCUUUUGUAUCCGGCGCAAGGGCAUUCAGCCUCCUCACACCGGAGGAAAAAGAAUGGGCGAUGAAUACGGCGGUACAGUACGCACCACGAGCAUACAACUGGAUUGCCGACUGCAAGGCCACCUCGGAUGGUCUCACGAUCGUCAGCCAGGGGAAGGAGACACCGUUUGAUUACCUCGAACCGUGGACAUGGGAUAAAGUCCACCGUUAUCCGCUAGUGUUGCGCAACCCCGGACUGCCUAAUAGGCCGCACAUGAUCGCCCUAGGAUGUUGCAUAUACCAACUCGUCACCACUGAUCCCAAGACCGGCAAGGAAACCAAGAUUGAGGAUUUCGUCGAGGCCCGUGCCAAGAUCCACAGCCUUAUGAAGAAGGCCAUGAGCCCCGAGUACGUCUAUGUUCAUCGUUAUGAGCCUGAUGAUCUUGUUAUCUGGCAUAACCGCGGUGUAUGGCACUCUGUGACCGGGGAGCUGGGGGAAUCCAAGAGAUUGAUGUGGCAGGCUGCACAGGGAAGUACGGAGAGUCCGGUAGCGGCGAGGUGGGAUGAGGUCGAUGUUGGGGGGUCAUCGUGGUUGUAA